UAUGAUCAUUUACAGAUUUCCCUGGAGCAUGAGAUCCUGCUCCACCCUCGGUACUUUGGUCCCAACCUCCUGAACACUGUGAAACAGAAGCUCUUCACAGAAGUGGAGGGAACAUGCACAGGAAAGUGAGUGGUAUUGAGCCAGGGAAGCUUCCCUUUCAUUAACCUUGCUCAGGGUAGUGAAACUAACUGAUAUUCAGUGUGGACUCCAGGCUACAUUUCAAUGUAGACAAGAGACCACAAAUUGUCUUUACAGUUUGCACACUUCCACAACACCUGGUUGGUUGUUUUGACCAGUAACAAGUUGAUUUGCUUUGCUAAGUUAAUGACUCAGUAACGCUCUGUUUCAGAUAUGGAUUCGUCAUUGCGGUGACCACCAUUGACAACAUUGGUGCAGGUGUCAUCCAACCAGGCAGGGGAUUCGUGCUUUACCCCGUCAAGUACAAGGCUAUUGUCUUCCGUCCAUUCAAAGGCGAGGUGGUAGAUGCCGUGGUUACCCAGGUCAACAAAGUAAGGAAAGAAAGCCAGUAUUCCCUAUAUCAGGGGUCAUCAACUAGAUUCAUUUUUUUAAUUACAAAUAAUUUGUUGACUGCAAAUUGACCGCAAAAAAGCCCAAACAGAUAAAAUAUUUGACUAAAACAUAAUUUCAAACCUUGCUUACAUUUGUAUACAAUCACAUAUCUCUCUAUUAUGCGUGGGAAUACUUUUGAACAGAUUUCCAAAAAUUAAAAUCACUUGGAGCUGAUUUGCUGGUGUUUUUACAGUCUUUUAUGGCCAACAAUUAAUUAUUUUUUGGGGGCCUCAAUUUAGGGGGCCAAAUAAAAUCACCCGUGGGCCAAAUUCAAUGUUCUCGGUACAAAACAAUAGGUACAAAGGUUUAAAAAAAUAGACAACAUGUACUGUACAUAGACCUACAGGAUGUCCUAAUGAAAACAAUCCGAGCGGUUGCAUGAAAGCAUUGAGUGGCUCAGUGAACUGAGACAUUGGAAGGGAGUCCAUGACUGAGAUGUAGACAUAUUUCUGGGCGUCUGCGAUGACGGGAGAGGAUGGUGGAUAGAUCGUCUGAGCGUCCAUAAGCUGCUAUCUGAGGUGGAGCGCUCUGAAACAAUGGGACAGUUUGUUUAACUAUCAGUAGCAUGAGUGGAAGGGGUUAGUUAUUCAGACUGUGUGGAACAAAUUAUACCCUAUUCCCUUUAUAGUGCACUACUUUUGACCAGAGCCCAUAGGGUGCCAUGUGGGACACAGCCAAAUCUUGACAAGAAUAUAGAUCAUAUUGUUUUCAUGAUGUGGUGAAAUUAAUACCAGAUGUUCUGUUCUUUUCAGGUUGGACUGUUCACAGAGAUCGGCCCCAUGUCCUGUUUCAUCUCUCGUCAUGUAGGUACACAUGGAAGUGUCUCUUUAGUUGUUGAACGGUUUUAUUGAUAGACUCUUAAAUGUCAAUAUGGUCACUUACUGUUUUCUGCAGUCCAUUCCCUCAGAGAUGGAGUUUGACCCCAACUCAAAUCCUCCAUGUUAUAAGACAACCGAUGAGGUAAGAUCUAAAACUAGCUCUUCACUAAAUAGUGGUGGUGUGGGUGUCAUUUUGAAAAUGAAUAUUUAGGAUUCUGUCCUCUCCCCAUUAGGACAUUGUAAUCCAACAGGACGAUGAGAUUCGGUUGAAGAUCGUGGGAACAAGAGUAGAUAAAAACGACAUUGUGAGUAUACUGUCCAAUCACCAUCAACUAAGAAUGCCACCUGACAGCCCUAUAUGGUGCAUUCGGAAAGUAUUCAGACCCCUUGACUUUUUCCACAUUUUGUUACGUUACAGCCUUAUUCUAAAAUGGAUUAAAUAAAUACAAAUCCUCAGCAAUCCACACACAAUACCCCAUAAUGACAAAGCGAAAACAGUUUUUUUUAAAUUGUUUGCUAAUUUAUGACAAAUAAAAAACAGAAAUACCUUAUUUACAUAAGUAUUCAGAUCCUUUGCUAUGAGACUCGAAAUUGAGCUCAGGUGCAUCCUGUUUCCAUUGAUCAUCCUUUGAGAUCAAAUCAAAUCAAAUCAAAUUGUAUUGGUCACAUGCGCCGAAUACAACAGGUGCAGACAUUACAGUGAAACUACUACUUACAGCCCUUAACCAACAGUGCAUUUAUUUUUAACAAAAAAAGUAAAAAUAAAACAACAACAAAAAAAGUGUUGAGAAAAAAAAGAGCAGAAGUAAAAUAAAGUAACAGUAGGGAGGCUAUAUAUACAGGGGGUACCGUUGCAGAGUCAAUGUGCGGGGGCACCGGCUAGUUGAGGUAGUUGAGGUAAUAUGUACAUGUGGGUAGAGUUAAAGUGACUAUGCAUAAAUAAUUAACAGAGUAGCAGCAGCGUAAAAAGGAUGGGGUGGGGGGGCAGUGCAAAUAGUCCGGGUAGCCAUGAUUAGCUGUUCAGGAGUCUUAUGGCUUCGGGGUAGAAGCUGUUGAGAAGUCUUUUGGACCUAGACUUGGCACUCCGGUACCGCUUGCCGUGCGGUAGCAGAGAGAACAGUCUAUGACUAGGGUGGCUGGAGUCUUUGACAAUUUUGAGGGCCUUCCUCUGACACCGCCUGGUAUAGAGGUCCUGGAUGGCAGGAAGCUUGGCCCUAGUGAUGUACUGGGCCGUACGCACUACCCUCUGUAGUGCCUUGCGGUCGGAGGCCAAGCAGUUGCCAUACCAGGCGGUGAUGCAACCAGUCAGGAUGCUCUCGAUGGUGCAGCUGUAGAAUGCUUCUACAACUUGAUUGGUGUCCACCUGUGGUAAAUUAAAUUGAUUGGAUAUGAUUUGUAAAGGCACACACCUGUCUAUAUAAGGUCCCUCAGUUGACAGUGCAUGUUAGAGCAAAAACCAAGCCAUGAGUUCAAACGAAUUUUCUGUAGUGCUCCGAGACAGGAUUGUGUCGAGGCACAGAUCUGGGGAAUGGUACCAAAAAAUGUCUGCAGCAUUGAAGGUCCCCAAGAACACAGUGGCCUCCAUCAUUCUUAAAUGGAAGAAGUUUGGAACCACCAAGACUCUUCCUAGAGCUGGCCGCCCAGCCAAACUGAGCAAUCGGGGGAGAAGGGCCUUGGUCAGGGAGGUGACCAAGAACCCAAUGGUCACUCUGACAGAGCUCUAGAGUUACUCUGUGGAGAUGGGCGAACAUUCCAGAAGGACAACCAUCUCUGCAGCACUCCACCAAUCAGGCCUUUAUGGUAGAGUGGCCAGACGGAAGCCACUCCUCAGUAAAAAUCCAGGCUCUGUCGCAGCCGGCCGCGACCGGGAGACACAAUUGGCCCAGCGUCGUCCAGGGUAGGGGAGGGAAUGGCCGGCAGGGAUGUAGCUCAGUUGAUUGAGCAUGGCGUUUGCAACGCCAGGGUUGUGGGUUCGAUUCCCACGGGGGGGCAAGUAUAAAAAAAAUAUAUAUGUAUUCACUAACUGUAAGUCGCUCUGGAUAAGAGCGUCUGCUAAAUGACGUAAAUGUAAAUGUAAAUGUAAAAGGCACAUGACAGCCCGCUUGGAGUUUGCCAAAAGGCACCUAAAGACUCUCAGACCAUGAGAAACAAGAUUCUCUGGUCUGAUGAAACCAAGAUUGAACUCUUUGGCCUGAAUGCCAAGCGUCACGUCUGGAGAAAACCUGGCUCCAUGCCUACGGUGAAGCAUGGUGGUGGCGGCAUCAUGCUGUGGGGAUGUUUUUCAGCGGCAGGGACUGGGAGACUAGUCAGGAUCGAGGCAAAGAUGAACGGAGCAAAGUACAGAGAGAUCCUUGAUGAAAACCUGCUCCAGAGCGCUCAGGACCUCAGACUGGGGUGAAGGUUCACCUUCCAACAGGACAACGACCCUAAGCACACAGCCAAGACAACACAGGGGUGGCUUCGGGAGAAGUCUCUGAAUGUCCUUGAGUGGCCCAGCCAGAGCCCGGACUUGAACCCGAUCGAACAUCUCUGGAGAGACCUGAAAAUAGCUGUGCAGCAACACUCCCCAUCCAACCUGACAGAGCUUGACAGGAUCUGCAGAGAAGAAUGGGAAAAACUCUUCAAAUACAGGUGUGCCAAGCUUGUAGCGUCAUACCCAAGAAGACUCGAUGCUGUAAUCGCUGCCAAAUGUGCUUCAAUAAAGUACUGACUAAAGGGUCUGAAUACUUAUGUAAAUGUGAUAUUUACGUUUUAUUUUUUUUAUAAAUUAGCAAACAUUUCUAAAAACCUAUUUUUGCUUUAUCAUUAUGGGGUAUUGUGUGUAGAUUGAUGAGGGGAACAAAACAAUUUAAUCAAUUUUAGAAUAAGGCUGUAACGUAACAAAAUGUGGAAACAAUCAAGAGGUCUGAAUACUUUCCGAAGGCACUGUAUAUCCUCACAGAUUGCAAACAACCGCUCGCUAUUUAAAACCUGAAAUAUUUCCAUAGUCUCAUCGCUAUAAACAGCCCUGCAAGUUGUAAUGUUGAAUAUUUGCUUUCCUCUUUUUCAGUUUGCCAUUGGAUCCCUCAUGGAUGAUUACCUGGGUAUGUUGGCGUUUUCAUUUUUAUUAGUAGUCUUCUUUCAUAGGUGUUAAAGAAAUGUUUGAAAGAUUGAAUUGAUCUGCAAUUCAUUUUUUCUGUUUCUGUUCUCAGGUCUUGUCAGCUGAUGUCCCUGCAGUGCUAUGCUGGUGUAUCAACAUACAUCUCUCAUAUUUCAUGUAAACUCCCCUACAAUACAGUACUGUCAAUACUAAUAUUUUUCUAGGUUGAUAAUGUGGUAUUGCUGCAAAUUGUGAAGUUCUAAAUGUGGAAGGAUCAAUGAUCCUUUGACACAGUAUGAAUAGAUACUAUUGAAACUACCCAGAGCCUGUUGAUAAGCAGGUGGUUAUGUUGCCGUAUUAAUCGCUACUGUAUCGUCGGAGUUACCCUUCAGAUGUUGUUGUAUAUUGUAUUUUUACAACUUGUGAACUGAAAUAAAUGUUUAUAUUUUUUGUUAAUGUUGACCUUGUCUCCAUUAAAUGUUCAGUCAUUGCAAAAUAUAUUUUACCUGG